UCCCAAGCUGGUUUUUAAACUAACUGCCAAUUACCACACACACCAUCCUCAGCCUCAGCCAUCCCGCCCAUAAACGUCACCGAUUCAAACGGCAGCCGAGGCAGAGGCAGAGAAAGGGAGAAAAAAAGAAGGAGGGAGCCGAGCGGGUCGCACACAAUUUACACAGAGAGAGCUUGAACACCAGACACAGUGACAUCUUGGGGGUCACUCGGCGGUGUUUCGAUUGCAUGAGCAACCGGAGGACUUCAAGAUGUGGAAACAAUUCGGCAAGCUCGUACUAUUUUAUUUUCUGCUUUUGGAGCUCCAUUGCGCGAAAGGAAUUCAUACAGAAUCGCAGUGUGAAGCUGGGCAGUUUAAAUGCAACAAUGGGAGGUGCAUCCCAACCCUUUGGAGAUGUGAUGAUGAUGAUGACUGCUCGGACAACAGUGACGAGGAGAACUGUCCAAAGAAGACAUGUGCAACCACAGAUUUUGCCUGCAAGAAUGGACAGUGUGUUCCUGCUAGGUGGCGCUGCGAUGGGGAGCAAGAAUGUGCAGAUGGUUCGGAUGAGGCGGAUGCGAUCUGCAGCCGUCAGACCUGUCCACCAGAGAAGUUUGACUGCGGUGGGACGGCCACCAAGUGCGUCUCGUUGUCGUGGCGAUGUGAUGGAGAAAGAGACUGUGAGAAUGGAGCAGAUGAAGAGCACUGUGCUGCAGAUGCCAACGCCUGCCCGUCCAAGGAUUUUCAGUGCCAUAACGGGAAGUGUAUAGCACCCACCUUUGUCUGUGAUGGCGACGAUGACUGUGGCGAUGCCAGCGAUGAAGAGAAGUGCUCAAAUCCCACCUGCGGCCAGCACGAGUUCCGCUGCAAUGACUCGGAGUGUAUUCCGGCGCUUUGGAGCUGUGACGGGGAUCCUGACUGCAAAGAUAAGUCCGAUGAAUCCAUGGAGAGCUGCAGUAGGAGGACCGAGCCCCAGAAACCACGUUGCAUGGUGAGCGAGUUCCAGUGCGGGAGUGGAGAAUGUGUCCGCAUCAACUGGAAAUGUGAUGGAGAUGCCGAUUGCAAGGACAAAUCCGAUGAGACAAACUGUCCCCUGCUUACAUGUCGACCUGAUGAGUUCCAGUGUGGUGAUGGCUCCUGUAUCCAUGGCACCAAACAGUGUAAUAAAGUCCAUGACUGCCCAGACUACAGUGAUGAAGCCGGUUGUGUAAACGUUACAAAGUGUGAAGGCGCUCGACACUUCCGCUGUAAGAAUGGACAAUGUAUUGAGAGCAGCAAGGUGUGUGACAAUGUAAAAGAUUGCAAAGACUGGUCUGAUGAACCCGUGAAAGAGUGCGGCCUGAAUGAAUGUUCAGACAACAAUGGUGGCUGCUCCCACGUCUGCAGGGACCAGAGGAUUGGGUUUUUGUGCGACUGCCCCUCUGGGUACAAACUUCUGGACAAAAAGACUUGUGGCGACAUCAAUGAAUGUGAGAACCCAGAUGCCUGCAGUCAGAUCUGCAUAAACUACAAAGGGGAUUAUAAGUGUGAAUGCUAUGAAGGUUUCGAGAUGGAUCCUGCCUCCAAGAGCUGCAAAGCUGUGGGAAAGAGUCCCUAUUUGAUGUUCACUAACCGACAUGAGAUCCGUCGUAUUGAUCUCCUGAAAAGUGAAUAUACCCAAGUCGUUCCUACGCUGAAGAAUGCUGUGGCGCUGGAUGUCGAUGUGGCCACCAAUAAGAUGUUCUGGAGUGAUUUAUAUCAUCGCAAAAUAUACAGUGCUUACAUCAACAAAGCCAAUGACUCUUCACAGCAACUCACGCUCCUCGAGGCGCUCCAUUCUCCCGAGGGCCUGGCUGUUGACUGGGUUCACAAGAACAUCUACUGGACCGACUCGGGCAACAAGAGCAUCUCUGUGGCCACGGGGGAUGGCAGCAAGAGAAAAAUGCUCAUCGUCACAGAGCUGAGUGAGCCAAGGGCCAUCGCGGUCGACCCGCAUCAAGGAUUCAUGUACUGGUCCGACUGGGGAGAUCAGGCCAAGAUAGAAAAAGCUGGGAUGAACGGAGUGGAUCGACAGGUUCUGGUAUCUGAGCACAUUGAAUGGCCCAACGGAAUAACCUUAGAUUUGUCCAAUAGGCGUCUCUACUGGGUGGAUUCCAAGCUGCACCUGCUGACCAGUGUGGAUUUUAAUGGGGACAACCGCAGAGUGUUGCUGUCUUCUCAUCGCCACCUGGGACACCCCUUUGCCCUCACUGUUUUUCAGGAUCGUAUCUACUGGACCGACUUGGAGGAUGAAGCCAUCUAUAGCGCCAACCGCCUGACAGGGAACGAUGUGGCGAAAGUAGCAGAGCAUCUCAACAAUCCGCUGGAUCUGGUGGUGUUCCAUGAGCAGAGGCAGCCAAAGGCGCCUGACACCUGUAACAUAGGAAGUCUUCCCAACGGUGGCUGCGAGUACCUUUGUUUAAAGGCACCCCAAAUUACAGACCACUCCCCCAAAUAUACGUGUGCCUGUCCUGAUGGGAUGGAGCUGGGACCAGAUAUGAGGCGUUGUGUCACAGUGCGAACAAGAACAACCACAACAACCGUUUCUACCACCACCUCUUCGACAACAUCUAUGACAAGUACAACAACAAAAGCCACCUCUGUUCCCAAGACAACAGUCCCAUCCACAACCACCACUACUGCAUCGACCACACUGAUGACCACAACAAGGCAUCUGACAACAGCCGAACCCCCACAGAAACCCAGGGGGACCUCCACCGAGCUCCUCCGAACACCUGCUUCCACAAGCACACCAACCAGUUCCAGUAGCACCAGCCAGACAUUGCAAUCUCCUCACACACCCCUACUGGGCCCACUGGCCCCCAGCAGCAUUCAUAAAGAGAGCAACGGCAACCUGUCACAUAGAGCUGCGGGUGAUCACUACCUCAUAGGCAACAACAUCACAGUAGCUGUCUUGGGGAUAGUCAUUCCUAUCGUCCCUAUCCUUGCCACAGUGGUCAUCGGGCUACUUUGCACCGGCGCCUACCUGGUGUGGCGCAACUGGCGGCGCAAGAACACCAAGAGCAUGAACUUCGACAACCCUGUUUACCGCAAGACUACCGAGGACGACGACGACGAAAUCCAUAUCGGGCGUCACAGCGAGUCCAUCGGUCACGUAUACCCAGCAGUGAGUGGCAGCCAUAGUCAGCCAUUCAUAGCUCUUCCUCUAGGGAGCGGCGUCAGCGACAGCAACUCUCACUGGUACUCCGGGGCGCCGAUGCUCUCCAGUGGCAAAUGAGAAAUGAAACUUCUGGGGAGGAAUUGUUGGUGAAAAAAGAAGCAGACGUGCACAUACCACACACAUACCAACAGACGCAAACAUUGUGUUUUUGCAGUAGGCACCGAAAACGCCGAGCACUUCAAGCCAGACACCCUUACCAUUCCUCUCGUGACCAUCAUCAUAGAGACAUCUACACAUUUUAUCAAUUACAUCUCCGUUCCCAUCAUACUGUAUCCCACUUGUUGUACUUUGUGAUUCUUUGAGUUAUAUUUAAGUGUUUCUUCAGAAAAAUCUAAUAAUUUCCUAAAUGUCAAAACCCUACUUUAUCAAAAAGAAAAACAAAUCAUACACUUACGUAUCAACUGUUUUAAGAAGAUGCUGGGUUUAUUACAGGAGCAAACUGGGAUCCUUAUCAAGACAGCACCAGUGUGAUGACAGUCGAAAAGUCUUAAUAUGGGGGGGAGAAAAAAAAAACCCUUAAAUUUUUAAUGCCAGAAAGCUACGACCAAUCGCAAUCAACAUUUGCAUGCACAUCUCUACUUGUGUCCACUUCAACCUCUGAAAAUAAAAAAACAAUCACCGCCGUGUUUUGGAUUUUAUUGGCAUUCAGCCUUUUACUCCCGUAAUGUUCUAAACAGAGAAAAAGCUUUUGCAGUUGCUUCUUUUCCAAAACUACGCCUAAUGGUCACCGAAACUCAUGCCAACGUACGCCCACAUCAGUCUCUGAAAUCAUCAAAAUAUUUUCGAUUUUAUGGGCAUCAAAGCACAUAUGGCACUGAGCUACGGCGUUUUGCGAAUGUGAGUGCAGUCACAACAUUUUUUGUCUCCUGUUUCAAAGACAUUUUGAACAUGUCCCAAAUUGGAUGGCGACAAAAACAACUGUUUGGGAAUGGGGAGGGAGGCGGGACACACUGUUUUUGGUGUUGGUGGGUGUUUUUGGUGAGGAAGCAGCAUUUUGACAUAGCUAAAUGCCCAAAAGUUGCUUUUGCAUGAUAUGACCGCUUCAAUGACGAUAAAUAUUGAGGUCAUCGUUUUGGUAUUUUCAGCGACUGUUGUAGGCAUAGGUAGAGAUGUCCACAUCGAUUUUGGUCAAGACUGAUAGCGUUCUAACAUUCAACAACAUUAAACUUUUUCUCGAUCGUCAAUGGGCAAAAAAAGGGGUUAAUGGUUUAAAAUCGAAAAUACAGUGGGGAUCAUUUGAAUCUUUUUCUAGGUUAAAGUGAGCAUUUGAAGAGAUGUGAAUUUUGCUGAUGAUACAUCAGUGUUUUCUCGUAUUAAGUGAUGUUACGCUUUUUUUUACCCGUACAUUAGGUGUUACAGGCUGUCCCUGAAAACGUUUCAUGUAACUAAAGACUGCUUGGCUAAUUUACAAAGAAUAUUUUGGAUUCUUUUUUACAUUUCACAAGACAGCUGACAGGACAGCUCAGGAUUUCAUAUUUGUCGUUGAAACAAUGUCAUGUAAACUCCAUCUCUGACUCAUUCAAUGAAAUUGGGCAGCAGAAAUCAGAAACAAGAACAAUCCUCCACCACUAAAAAGAUCUUUGAGUUCGGUUUUAUUUUUACGGGAGUAACGUAUUGUCCUUCUGAUGACAUUGUUACUGGUGCAAUGUUGUGCCUCGAGGCCAGACGUAUACCAACUCAAUAGUCAACGGCGGCCGUGAGUUGCAUUUUCCAAAAAAAAAGUGGGGACAGAAAUCGCUGUAAGGACAUUCCUUCCCUGUCAUGUGGUGUUGUCAGAGUAGCGGAG